AUGGGAAGAACAAACUCGUGUGGCGAUGGCGAGAAACAGAGUGGUGAAGAUACAGAGCAAUACGGAGUGUUGCUCUAUUACAAGUACACCUCUGUUCCUGAUGUAGACGAGCUCGUUUCCUUCUAUGAAUCUAGCUGCAACUCACUCGGUCUACUCGGCCGAGUCAGACUCUCCACUCACGGCGUUAACGUCACCGUUGGUGGGAAAUUAACUGCAUUGGAGGAACAUAUUGCUGCUGCAAAGUCGAAUUGUUUGUUUGAAGGAACUGACUUUAAGCUUGCAUCUUGCCAUCAUCCCUUGAAUGACAAAGUUUCUCAGGAAUGUGGGUUUACGUCUCUCUCCAUCCGUGUUGUUGAGGAGUUAGUGACUUUUAGUACUUGCCCUCUCUUGAAAUCACCAGAUAUCUCAAAUGCUGGAAAACAUCUCUCUGCUGCUGAGUUUCAUUCGGUCCUGGAGAGUGCUAAAGAACAACCUGAUGGAUCCGGGAAGUCUGAAAAUAAGGAGCUUGUUUUGCUGGACGCUAGGAACCUGUACGAGACACGGAUUGGAAAAUUUGAAUCAGAGAAUGUUGAGACCCUUGAUCCUGAAAUCAGGCAGUAUAGCGACUUGCCAACGUGGAUAGAUCAGAAUGCAGAGAAAUUGAAAGGAAAAAACGUUCUCAUGUACUGCACUGGUGGAAUCAGGUGUGAAAUGGCAUCUGCAUAUAUCAGAUCUAAAGGCACCGGGUUUGAGAAUACUUUUCAGCUCUAUGGUGGCAUACAGAGAUACCUUGAACAGUUUCCCAGUGGAGGGUUCUUUAAAGGGAAGAACUUUGUGUUUGAUCACCGGAUCUCAGUUGGGAGCUCAAAAGAGGAUAUAGUAGGCUGCUGCCUUCUCUGCAACAAUACCUUUGAUGACUAUUCUCCACGUUGUCGUUGCACACAUUGCCGGAUGCUUGUAUUAGUCUGCAAUCAUUGCCAAGUCAAAGGAGAUAAUUAUGUAUGUGAGCUGUGCCGUAAACACGGAAAAGGGCAAGUCCCUUCAAGUCCUGAUCCCUCAAACCAGCCUUGUGAAAGCAAAGUUGAUGAUGAUACAAGACGGAAGCUAAGGAUCUUAUGCUUACAUGGUUUUAGGCAGAACGCGUCUGGCUUCAAAGGGAGGACUGGAUCACUAGCAAAGAAACUAAAGAACAUCGCUGAGCUUGUGUUCAUAGAUGCACCUCAUGAACUACAGUUCAUCUACCAGACUGCUACUACCCCUCCUCCACUUGGGGCAUGUAACAAGAAGUUUGCGUGGUUGGUGUCACCAGAUUUUGACAAACCGAGUGAAACAGGAUGGACCGUGGCACAAUGCCAGUUUGAUCCAUUGCAGUAUCAGAAUCAAACCGAAGGGUUUGACAAAUCAUUGACAUAUUUGAAGACGGUUUUUGCAGAUAAAGGGCCUUUUGAUGGCAUUCUAGGAUUCUCUCAAGGUGCUGCAAUGGCUGCAGCUGUAUGCGGGAAACAAGAGCAGCUCACAGGUGAAAUAGGCUUCAGAUUCUGCGUGUUGUGCUCAGGUUUCACACCGUGGCCAUUGUUGGAGAAGAGAGAGCAAGGUUGGAUAAACUGCCCUUCACUUCACAUUUUUGGAAGCCAGCCUGGAAAAGACAGACAGAUUGUGACUCAAGCUAGCUCGGAUUUGGCGGGGUUGUUUGACCAAGGCUGCGCCACUGUUAUUGAGCAUGACUUUGGCCACAUCAUUCCUACAAAGUCUCCUUAUAUUGAUGAGAUUAAAGCUUUUCUUAACCAGUUUGUUUGA